AAUGCGGUCUACAUGACUGCAUUUCUACACGAUGUACACAAGGACGUCUUCGUCUGUCUGGUCUGUGUCAACACAAAGAUAAGAAGAGGCCGAUGGUUGAGAGCUUAAUCGGUCGGAGAUGCCGUGUACAUCGUAGGUCGCAGCCCUCUGUUUGUAAGACCGGACAUCCGCAUUCUUCAACCGCCAGAGCCGCAGGGCCGAACGAGCCGCGCACCGAAGACACCGAUGAUCGCUUAGCUGCUCACAUCGGUUUCACCAACCGGACAGGCAACGGUUCAAAGGAGACAAAUCCCGUGGGUACAACUUUGGUGUAGAUGGAGUUUGGAGGACCAUGAACCACUUGAAGUUGACAAAGUAGUGAAACAAAGCGACAUGGCGGUCUUCAAGCCUGAAAAUGUCGAGGACUUCUAUGAGAUCGGAGAAGUUCUGGGAAGUGGGCAUUUUGGUCAGGUUCGACAGGUUCGGGAGCGGGCUACUGGGACUUGUUGGGCAGGCAAAUUCCUGAAGAUCCGGAAGAACACUUGCAGUCGUCUUGGUCUGGAUCGGAGCUGUGUGGAGAAGGAGGUGGAGAUCCUCCAGGCUGUACAACAUCCAAACAUAGUGACUCUCAAAGACGUUUUUGAGAGCCGAGCUGAGGUGGUGCUCGUUCUGGAGCUUGUUAGUGGAGGGGAGUUGUUUGACUUCAUUGCUGCAAAGGAGAACUUGCUGGAGAGUGAGGCCAUUGAGUUCAUGAAGCAGAUCUUGGAGGGACUUAGCUUUAUGCAUAGCAAGAACAUCGGCCAUUUUGACCUCAAGCCAGAGAACAUCAUGCUGUCAGACAAAGUAGCUGCUCAGCCCAACAUCAAACUCAUCGACUUUGGCCUGGCCCACCAUUUUUAUCAAGGGGAGGAGUACAAAAGCACAAGUGGUACCCCACAGUACAUUGCACCCGAGGUGAUCAACAGUGAGCCUCUUAGCACAGCAGCAGAUAUGUGGAGCAUUGCUGUCAUUACCUACAUUCUAUUGAGUGGUCUGUCGCCAUUCCAAGGUGAGACAGAUGAGGACACACUGAGGAACAUCAGCGUCAUGAACUACACGUUCCCUGCACAGUAUUUCAACAUGACCACCUCCAUGGCCAAAGACUUCAUCCAGAAACUUCUGUUGAAAAUCCCCAGUGAAAGAAUGACAGCUGAGGAGUGUCUGCUUCAUCCGUGGAUUAAGCCUAUUACAUGCAAACAGGUGGCCCAUAGGAAUCGUUCGUCAAUCAAUAUGAAGAACUUUAAGAAGUUCAACGCGAGAAGAAAAUGGAAGAUGUCCUAUAACAUGGUGUGGAUGUGUAACCGGCUUGGCCAGUUGAAACUGCUGCGGAAGGGCAAUUCAGAUCCAGAUCCACUACAGCGACAAUGUGAAAGCGACGUAGAGGACAACGAAAGCAAGCCUGCCUCUCUGCUGCGCCGAAGACUCAGCAGCAGUUCAUAAAGCUGAGCAGAGACAGGCAGAAGAUUCAAGGAUGUUCAGCGGGGGGAUGGCGGGGGGGCACUCUGGGGGGAAAUGUCCAAGUGAAACAGACGUCUCUUUGAUGGUACUGUCAAAUGAGUGUGCAUGACUUAAUCUGAUGCAUAGAAAAGCUUUCAUUGUCACUGAGGAUACACUUAAUGGAACUUGUUGGGAAUUGUUCAAUGUAUUUUGGUGGUGGCGACUUUUGGUAAAGUUUUUGAUAACACACUGUGCAGUGUGAAAUGAUGCAAACUAUAGUAUCAAAGAAAACCAAACAUUCUUUAAAAUAUCAUUUGAUAAUAUAUACAGGGUAACAAACAUGAGGAACAGUAAAAAGUAUCAUAGUAAUAAGUGAGAACAGUAACAUUCCCAAAAAGCCAGUACGAGACAUGUCUAGCAAAUCUAUGCCCCCCUUGUUAAUAGACACCUGUUUGGGACUGUGCUUCUAGUCCAGGAUGCCACAAAGUCUUAUUGGCCAAAUGUUGUUUUUUGAAUUUUUUUUGUCCAGGUUUUUCCACCUGCCUGCAGCUGCUUCUUGUAACUUUCCCAAACUGGAUUCUAUUUCUGAUCCUACAUAACAUGGCUACCAUAUCAGCUGACUUUGGGACACAGGACACCAUUUAAAGAAUUUAAGGAAUUCUAUCAUCUCUUACCUCUUAUCUCUUUACGUACCUCAUGACUUUAUUUUUGUAAUAUAACUUAUUUACCCAAAAUGUUGCAACUUCCCUGAGAAUUCAGAUUUGUGGAAACUGUUUUCAAUGUUUAGAAAGGUUUGAACAUGAGCUGAAACUCUGAUUCCAAGCUCAGUUAAGAGCAGUGGAUCUCAAACCCUCUGAUAAUUUUCAUACUAGAGAAAAUGCUAAAUAUAUUCUAAUCAUUAAAGUACUUUAUUUUAAUCGGUACAUGUUGUUUGAUGUCUUGUAAUCCUGUGUUAUAUUUCUUGCCUUGUUAUGUAUCACUGUAUUAUCUCACAAUCAUCCAUGUGUUGUAAACAAUAUCCCCAACUCAACAUAUUAUCUUUUUUACUGCCAUCUGGAUUCAGUCAAGGCUUGGAACAAUGAUAACACAUUUGUUUGCAUGAAUAUCUUGUUUGAAAUAACCUGUAUCUGUCAUUUGACUGCUUAAUUUCCUAUUUAUGUCAUUCAAAUGAUUCAAAGCAAAUUGCAGUAGGUCACCAACAAUGAAACUGCAGUUACUUUGGUCACUGCAAUGAGCUAUAAUACCUAAAUAUAUACAGAAUGUAUUGACAUACAGAGAGGUUUAAUGUGACAUAAAAAAAUAAUAAAGGACGUUUUUGAAUG